CCUCAGUUCAGUAACAGUAACAUGAAAUCGUGAGUAAUUAUCUGGAGCUUCUGGUAACAGAAACAGGUAAUAGCAAGCUGCAAUGUUUUGUGGUUGCCGUCGGUUACUUCAGGUUUGCGACAGGCAGCCCAGCAGCGCGCUGGCUACGAGCUCCGUGCGAGGAACGACCGCCGAAAUGGGGCUGGGAAUUGCCACAGGAGAAAUCCUGGAUUUUUUUUUCUCUCUCUCUCUUUUCUGAGAUUGAUUUUAGUCAGCUUUAUGUAAAUGCUUUAUUCACACACAAAAUACGUGAAAAGCGGGAUUCCCCCGCGUAACGCCGUGGUUCCCAGCCUCGGGCCGGACCCAGCCGCCCUCACAGCCGCCGGCCGGAGCCCUUUGAAAGCCCGGCGGCCCGGAGCCGCCCGGUGUUUUUUUUCCAGCACGCUUUUGUUCAGCGUGGAGCCACCCUCCCGCCGAACAAAGGGCCUUCCAGCCGGGAGAACUUGGACCGGGUUCAACCUCGACAAGCAAACCGCUUCGUUCCUGCGGAGCCAACCUCACGGCUGCGCCAAGCUCACCCUCCGGCGCCGUGAGGGUUGGUCCCCGGCCCCAGGCACGCCUUCACGGCUAUUUGUGACCGGGACACAGACACCACCUCGAGGUCUGGACACCUCAGCGUGCGAGGAGACGGCCCGAGCCUGACCCGGACGAGUCCCGGAGGUGCCUGCCCGUGCGGUGCCCAGCGGCAGAGCUGCUGCGGGAUUCGAACCCUCAACGCCGCGGGAGGCUCGCGGGAGGCCUCUCUCUCUCCCCCCCUCCCACCGCGCCCCGCCCCGCCUGCUGGGGUCGCUGUGUCGGCCGCGCUCCCCGCUGGCGGGGCCGCGAUCUCUGAGUCACGCGCUUCGUGAUUGGGCGACCGCUUCCCGCCGGCCAAUGGGAGGCGGCCUCUUGCGCCGACGCGACGCCCGCCGCGGGCGCCAUCUUGCCGCCGGCCGGGGUAGCGGGAGCAGUGAGCCGUGCCGCGCCAUGCCGCACUACCAGGCCUGGGAGGAGUUCACCCGCGCCGCCGAGAAGCUCUACCUCGCCGACCCCAUGAAGGUGCGGGUUGUUCUCAAAUACCGACACUGCGAUGGGAACCUCUGUAUCAAAGUAACGGAUGAUGUAGCUUGUCUGCUAUAUAGAACAGACCAAGCACAAGACGUAAAGAAGAUCGAGAAAUUCCAUAGCCAGCUAAUGCGACUCAUGGUGUCUAAGGAAUCCCGCAGUGCUGCCAUGGAAACAGACUGAAUUGCUGAAAAGAAAAUGAAUGCUCCAGUCAUAUUUCACUGGAAGAAAAUAUCUCUGAAUUGAAUGAAUAGUGGGACAGGAGAUGCUUCUAUGUACUGAAGUGGACAAGCUGACAAGUCUGAAGUAUUUUCUUCCCCAGACUCCACUUUGGAAAACUAUGAAAAUAAAUGCUUUCAAUCGAAAGCUUAUAUUUAUUUUUGGGAAUUGAACAAGAAACUAUUCUUACACACUAAGUAUGUUAAGAAGACAAAUCUUUACAAAUGUAUAGUACUUCUGCCUGAUUUUGAUGGCCCACAUGUGUAUUUCUGGAAAGUUGUGAUAAAAUUUCAUAUAGAUUUCAUUGUGUUCAAAUGUUAUGCUGAUGUAUUCUUACAGUGAGGUUUAUUAACCGAAUACUGUAGCAUGAUGACUGGAUCUAAUAAAUAUUUACGUAAAUGAUAUAUUUGGGGGGGGGGAGGGUAGAAGAAUGGGUGUUUUCUGAAUUGAAAUGUUAAAAUUGCCAAUGUAUACUAACGCUGUCACUAGCAGGAUUUUAGAUCUUUGUAUUGAUCUUGGUCAUAUGUUGUGUAACAUUAUCAGUGGUGCAGUCUGUAGAACUGUUAUUGGCUAAAUAAUUAAACUUCUCUAUUUAAAACC